AUGAAUUCCAAUGGUAAAAUUUCAUUCGAUUUCAAUCAACCCGUCGAGCGCAAGACCUCACAGUUGGGGUGGAGAGGCGGCAUUAGUGGCAAUGAAGCCUUGAUGAAUUUUUGCCGGGUGAUGGUCGGCACUGGGGUCUUGGCAUUGCCGUUGGCGUACAAACAAAGUGGAACAAUCGUAGCCAUCCUACUUAUUUUAUUUGCGGGCUUCUUCUUCACCUACGUCAGCUGUGAGAAGAUUGUCAUUUCGGCCCUGGCUUUGGCAAAAAGACACGGCUACGCAUCCCUCGAUUACGGUAAUGUAGCGGAAAACGCAUUUCGACACAGUUUCGAUUCGAUAAAACGUUAUGGGUGGUUGGCCAGGCUCUUUACCAACGGCUCCAUCCUGUUAAUGCAGCUUGGCAUUGCGGCAGUUUAUACCGUAUUUAUUAAGGAGCAUUUUGAGGAGAUAGCCGAGCGAAUUUUUCCGAGCCACAACCUCUCUGGGUCGAUAUUCUUUGGCUUGGCGUUGGCUGGGUGCUGUCUAAUCGUGAUGAUUCGGGAUCUACGUUUUAUUACGAAUGUCUCCACCUUUGGGAAUGUGGCCAUGACAAUUGUGUUGAUUAUGGUGAUACAGGAUCUGGUCCGCCCUCCGUACGCUUCUGGGCAACAUCUAGCUUCGCCCAGUCUCCCCUCGAUCAUCGCCGCCGCCGGGAACGUUGUCUACGCGUUUUGCUCUCAUGCUGUGGUCCUUCCCCUUGCGAACAAAAUGAAGGAACCCAAAGAAAUGUCAGGCCACCGAGGAGUUUUAUCUCUUGGUUGUUCAGUCGUUACGAUUUUGUACGCGUUGGUCGGCUUCUUUGGCUACUUGAAAUACGGUGAUGCUGUGCGUGGAUCAGUAACCCUGAAUUUACCGGAUACUACGUUUUACUUCAUCAUCCGCAUUUUCCUUGUUCUCGUUGUUUUCACAUCCUAUUUGAUCCAACAUUUUGUCUUGGUCGACAUGACCUGGCCACGGAUACAAAAUGCCUACGGUGCAAAUAACUUCCUGAUCAACUACCCGGGGACGGCUGAACGGAUGUUGUGCAUAGUGUUCGUGCUGGCUGCAUUUUUGCUAGCCGUCCUAGUACCGGAUCUGGGCCGGAUCACGUCUUUGGUUGGAGUUACGGCAGGCUGCUUUCUCGGCUUCAUCAUCCCAGCCGCCAUCCACACCGCCACAUUCCUCCCCGAAUAUCUUGCGGAUCGCGAUUAUCGAUCCCUAGCUUUGCAUAUGUCGACAAAUUGCGCAUUUUUCAUCUGUGGCAUCUUUUUCACGAUUGCUGGCAUUUACAGUAAUUGG